CUCAGAUGACGGAUGCAAACGUCUGGGCAUGACAGCCGAUGUCACGGAGAGUGACAGCUUUCGCUCUCUGCUGCCGCACCUCGACUAGCCCCGAGUGACGCCCGCCAAAGAAGUGACACGGAGCCAGUCAGAACUAUGCCAGAGAUGGAGAAAGGGAGACCACCGGAAAAUAAACGUAGUAGGAAACCUGCGCACCCCGUCAAGAGGGAGAUCAAUCAAGAGAUGAAGACGUUUGCAGAGAGCACCAUGAAUGAGCUCCUAGGCUGGUACGGCUAUGACAAGGUGGAGCUCAGGGACACCGAGGCCACCGAGAUCCGGAACUACCCCAACCGAGAGAGACGCCAGCAGCAUGUCUCCGUCCUUAAAGAAAACUCAGUGCCGAAGCCCAAGAGCUUGAACAGUAAAGUCAGCCCCUCUGCACUGGCCAUGAAGAGUGGAGAGAGAGAAUCAUCCACUUUCUCUUCCUCUCCCAGCUCCUCCUCUUUGACCAGCCCUAAGGAGCACAAGAGUGCUCCCGUAAUUGUCCCCCUUAUAAAGCCAUCUGCAGUGGAAGACGUGCAGAAUGUGCAGAUAGUGUGUGUGUGGUGUCAGAAGGAGGGGGUGAAGCGCUACUCCCUCUGUAUGGGCACCGAGCUGAAGAGCUUCUGUAGUGAGAAGUGCUUCGCCGCCUGCCGACGGGCCUACUUCAAACGCAACAAGGCCCGGGAUGAGGAUCUCAAUGGAAGUGAGCGAUCCCCCCAACACACCCAUGCUGACGACUCACCCCGACUGGUGCUGAAGAUGAACAGCGGUGGGGCCAGAUCACUCUCGCCCGUACCGCAGGUGUGCAACUGGUGCAAACACGUCCGCCACACCAAAGAGUACCUGGACUUUGGCGCAGGUGCGGAGCGGCUCCAGUUCUGCAGCACCAAGUGCUUGAACCAGUACAAGAUGGACGUGUUCUACAGAGAGGCCAGGGCGGCUCUCACCAGCUCCAGCCCAGGCCCAGGAAGACCCACCCAGGAUGGGAGAACUGAGUCCAUCGGAGGGGGUCAGAACCAGAAACUCCUGACCCCCGAAUCGUGGAACAACGGCGCGGGGGUCAUGCGGGGGAGUACCAGAUCACCCAAAGGGCCCAUGCCGAUCUACAGCACAGCGGCGUCAAGGACUGUGUCUCCAUCUGAGGCAUCGUCCUCGUCCUCCAAGGUCCCCGUCUCGGGGCUGAGACACCUGGAGAGGCAUGUCCUGCCACCGCUGCCAACCCCGGAGGUGGCAAGCCACCACCCCAUCCCCCCUCCUCCUCCUCGCCCCCCCAUGGAGCACCACCAGCACCACCAGGCAAUGCCUCAGAUCCCGCUGCCUUUCAUCCAGCCCCCCCUCCAUGCCCAGGGCCUGACGAGCCCCCUCGCCAACCCCCACAGGGGCCACCCUGGCCCCCCUUCCAGCCCCAUCCACCGGUCCACCCCUCACUCCCCCCACCACCCCCACCUCCAGCCCCCCUCAGCCUCCUCCAUGAACCCACCAAGAAUGCACCCCUACCCGGGGGCCUACUUCCCCGGCCUGCACUCCCCCCCUAUGAUGGGGCCUCGUGGCCCUGUGCCCAUGCCCCAUAUGAUGAACUUCGGGAGAUGGCCAUCCCUAGGCCCCUUCUUCCCUCAGCCCACGGUUCUGGUGCCCUACCCCAUUAUUGUACCCAUCCCUAUCCCCAUCCCCAUCCCUAUCCCCAUACCAAUACCCACUAAGCCUUCCCCCUCAGACCCCCUAGGGAUCCCCCCUAGUGGGGUUAUCCAGCCCGUGCCAGAGGGAAUGGAGAGGGGGUGCUCCAGUGGUGUCAAACUGCCCUCUCCCAGGAGCUCUGUGCCAAACAGAUUAGGUAGAACCACCAACCAGGGUCUCCCCUUGCCCUCAGAACACCCCAAAAGGGAUAUCACAGAUUGGGUUAAAUCAGAGAGGCAGGCUCCGUCGCCCAUGUCGUCCCCCCACAGUGCAGCAUCCUCCCCCAGGGCAUUCUACGAUGCUUCCCCCUCUUCCACCUCAGUGAUUGAGGCACUGUCAGACUUUAAGCUGGGCCAGCAGCAGCAGCAGCCAGAGAGACAGCUCAUUCAGAGAGUGCUUCAGAGGACCCCAGUCAAGCUGGAGCCCAACCCCCACGGAAUGGUGGACCUGUCGGGUCCGUGGGAGCCCGGAGCAGGGAAAAGCACCAGGGUAGUGGAUACCAGAGUGGACCACCGCAACCACCACCAUAGCAUUAUCAAACCCACCCCUCCACCACCCCAGUCCCCCCCUCCCCCGCACGACACUUCCUACCCCCAAAGCCCAAACACACGACACCCCUCGCACACUCCACCAGCGACCAGAGGGGGAUGCAGCAGCCCUCCCUGUGAGACCGCCACCUCCUUCCCCCUGACGUCCCCGGACAUCCCUAACCGAACGACUACGUCAUCAUCGCACGACCCUGUUCCCAGCCCAGACUCCUCCCAGUCCCAGAGAGAGGCCCCGCUCCUUGGCCCUGACUCUGUCCUCAGCGAGCUGGUGGCGGUCAAAGAGAACAGCUACUCCAAUGGCCAGGUUCAGGGGAGGGACCAGGGCCAGGUCCCUCCCCUCCCCACUAGCCAAUCAGAGGAGCCCUCGGCCGGUGGCGACCCUAAGGACCCCCACAUCUCCGAUGAGGACCAUGCCUACGCCCUGCCCACCCCCACCCCUACACCCACCAGGACGGGCAGUGUCCCCGCCACCACCCACACCACACUCCUCCUGCCCAAGCUCAGGGACAAGGGCGCCCUGCGGAGCCCACCGAGUGUGGCUGGGCCUGGGGACAUGGAGCCUGCUCUGAAGAGACGGUGCCUCCGCAUCCGAGAUCAGAACAAGUAGAAGAGGAGGCUCACUGUUUUACACUGUACAGCGAUACCAGAUCCAGUGCCCCGCCCUCUUGUGGACAUCAUCAGAACCAAUGCCCUCGCUCCAACCCAUUCCUCAGCCAAUCAGUCGGCCACCAGGGAGAUUGGCCCCACCCUUCUUCAGACCACGAGGUGCCAAUCAAGGAAGCAGUCCAAUGGGGGAAGCAGCCCAAGAUGUGGACUUCCAGUACAUUCACAGCAUCUUCGGACUUCCGCAGAGCAGAGAUACCUCCUUCUCUGACCACUGCCAUACUCCAUGAGCCUAUCAGAGCCCACUGCUCAAUCCUAGUCAGUGGCUCUAACACUAGACGGUGGGCUACUAGGCUCCAAUCAUCAGCCUUGUGUGGUCCUCUCAGAUGGAGCCUGAACCUGAUCUCUUUCCUGGGGAAACGGUUUGUUUUCUCUGCCCAGCUCCACACAAAGAGCCACAUUGUUCCUCUCCCCCAUAUCCCACGCUAACUCCCCUACUCGGGUUUUGGGUUACCUGGCCGACGGGGGCUCAGGCUUCAGGAGGAGUGUCUUUUUUUGGUUGGUCUGACUGAGGGCCAGGAAUAUGUGUGUAGCCCCCUCUCCUUCUUUCCUCUCCUCCUCUCCACCCUGUACCCCCUGCCCAAUUGCAGUAUACAGUACACACACUAUUCCUGAAGUGCAACUUCUUACACCAAUUGCUUGUUAACUUCCUCUUUCCCUCCUAUAUCCUCUCACAAGGGAUGAGGGUACACAAGCUCAGUUUAAGACUUUAUCCUCCGGUAUUUUUCUGAACUGUUUUAAGGAGGGAUGGAAUCUCCUGGAGCAAUGAAAAAUAGGAAAUUAUGAACUGUAAACAAUGUAAUAUGAUAACGAAAGAGAGAGGGUGCAAGUCCCAUACAGUCAGGUCCAUAAGUAUUUAGACAGUAACACAAUUUUGUCUCUGUACCACACCAAAAUGGAUUUGAAAGGAAACAAUCAAAAUGUGCCUUUCAUCUUUAAUUUAAGGGUUUUGUCAAAAUUAUUAUAUGAACCGUGUAGGAAUUACAACCAUUGUUAUACA